AUGCAGUAUAAAAGCAAACUCUACUCAAGGGCCUUCCUACAACUUCUCUUACCUUUUUCCUCUUUUGUGAACAAGACUCACCUCCAUCCCACAGCCAUGUCUUGCUACGACCUGUGUCCUCCCACCCCCUGUGGCCCAACCCCGCUUGCCAACAGCUGCAACGAGCCCUGCGUCAGGCAGUGCCAGGACUCGACAGUGGUGAUCCAGCCCUCUCCCGUGGUGGUGACCCUGCCCGGCCCCAUCCUCAGCUCCUUCCCCCAGAACACCGCUGUGGGAUCCUCAGCAUCCGCAGCCAUCGGGAGUGCUCUCAGCUCCGAGGGUGUGCCCAUCUCCUCUGGCAGCUCCUUGGGAUUUGGGAGCUUUGGCUAUCCAGGUCUGGGCAGUGGGUACAGCCGGCCCUACCGUCGCUACAACACCUACCGCAGUGGCUUCUAUGGGCCGUGCUAAAGCGUGAGGAGCAAACAGGAAGAUGACCAGGAAUGCUGAAGCACGACCUGAUGCAGGACUGAGCUCAUGGCCAUGGUUUUCAGAAGUGAUGUUAGACACCCACAACUCCACCUGAAGUUAAUGGAGCUGUGGAAUUUAGUCAUUCCCUAAAAUGAAGCCCCUACUCUUAUUAUACUACUUUAUAUUUCUAAUCAGGUAUGUAGUUCUGCUGCGCAUCACUGUAUUUGAUACUGCCUGGUGUAAAGCUUACAGUUUAGACAGUAGAUGAGACUUGAUUGUCGAGGUGCAAUGCUACACUGAAAGAAGAGAUCUGUCUGUGGAAUACAUCACCAUGAGGUGUGCCAUUUUUUCCCAUAUUGAAACCUGUUGCUUUACAGUAUUUAGUAUCUUUGGUAUUAUUAAAGUUAUGCUUUUAUCAUA